AUGAUGAAUUUUAUAAAAGAAAAUUUUAUACAAAAUAAUGUUAUCAUAUUGGAAAUAAAAAAAAAAAGAAGUAGGAAUGCUAUAUUAGAUAUUGAAAAAGUAGAAAUAGAAAAAUGGAAAAAGAAAAAAUGGUUUAUAGAGUUAAUGCUGGAAAUGAAAAGAAAAGAAAAGGAAUACAUAAGAGAAGUAUAUGAAGAUAUGAUAGCAAAAAAGAAUGAGGACAAAAUUAGAAAUCCCAUGUUAGAAAUGCAAAAAAUUAUAUGGAAAAAACACUGUGAAGAUAUUCAUAGGAGGUGGAUAGAAAAAAAUAAUAAGGAAAUUUUACAACACUAA